AUGGAAGUGCAUCUCAACACCAGGCAAGUUGUGUCUCCUUUAUUAUAUCUUUGCAUGUUUGUAGCAAUGUGUGAGUCCUUCCUCUACUCAGUGCCAGAGGAAAAGAAAAGUGGAUUUCUGGUGGCAAAUGUGCUAAAAGAUUUGAGAGUGGAUGCAAAGGAGCUGUCUGCUCGGAGAGCCCACCUAGUUUCCAAGAGCUCCAAGCAGUAUUUCCAGCUGGAUCCUCAUUCUGGAGAUGUGAUAGUAAAGGAUAAAAUAGAUCGAGAAUCUCUGUGUGGUCAGAAUGAACCUUGUGUUCUACUCUCUGAAAUUGUGCUGGAGAAUCCAUUGCAGCUACACAGAAUUGAAGUUGAAAUAGAAGAUGUGAAUGAUAAUUCCCCCCAAUUCUUUAAAAACCAGUUUAUUUUUAAAAUACCUGAGCAGACUCCUGUGGAUAUCAGAUUCCCUUUGGAGAGAGCAGAAGACCCAGACAAAGGAAAAAAUACAGUUCAGAACUACACCCUUAGUCCUAAUGAGCAUUUUAGGCUGGAUGUGCAAAGUCACAGUGAUGGUAGCAAACAUGCGGAAUUGGUAUUGGAGAAACCGUUGGACCGUGAGGUGAAUCCACAGAUUACCCUGAUUCUGUCAGCUGUUGAUGGAGGAAUCCCCAAAAGAACUGGCACAGCACAAAUAAUAGUUGAUGUUCUGGAUAACAAUGAUAAUUUCCCUCAAUUUGAACAAUCUGUGUACAAAGUAAAACUAAUGGAAAACAGCCCACUGAAUACACUGGUUGUAAAAGUUGAAGCAAGCGACAAAGAUUUUGGUUCCUAUGCAACUAUUACUUAUUCCUUCAGCCAGGUGGGGCAAAUGGCAUUAAGAUCAUUCACUUUAAACACACUUAAUGGAGAACUUAGUGUUUCAGGGACAAUUGAUUAUGAAGAAAACAGCAAUUAUGAGCUGCGCAUCAGAGCUACGGAUGGAGGGGGACUUUCUGCUUACUGCAAAGUCAUUGUAGACAUUGAAGAUGAGAAUGACAAUGCCCCAGAGAUUACCAUAACAUCCAUCAAAAGUAUCUUAUCUGAGGACUCCCCCCCAGACACAGUGGUGGCCCUUUUCAGUGUCACCGACGUGGACUCUGGGGACAGUGGCAGAACUGCCUGCACCACUGAAGUCAACCUGCCAUUUGUGCUCAAACCCACGGAGAACAACUAUUACCAGCUGGUGACCCAACAAUCACUGGACAGAGAAAAAGUCAGUGAAUAUAACAUCACCAUCACAGCCACUGACAGGGGCUCUCCCAGACUCACUUCCACAAGAAUACUUCAUGUUGAAGUGUCAGAUGUCAAUGACAACCCUCCAGUGUUUGAAAAGCCAUUCUAUGAAAUGCAGUUAAGAGAAAACAAUAUUCCAGGUCUUCUGAUCAAUUCGGUCCAUGCUGUUGAUCUGGACACAGCGCAGAAUGCCAAAGUGACCUACUUGCUUUUGCCUGGGAAGGUCAAUGAUGGCCCCACAUCCUCUUACAUCUCCAUCAACUCUGAAACGGGGAACCUGUAUUCCAUUCGGUCUCUGGAUUAUGAGGAAGUAAAAGAUUUCCAGGUGACGGUGAGGGCUGUGGAUUCAGGUUCCCCUCCACUGAGCUCAGAAGUUCCCAUCCGCGUUCAGGUCGUGGAUGAAAAUGACAAUGCCCCCUUCAUCCUCUACCCUCUCCAGAAUGGCACUUCCCCCUCAAAUGACCUGGUUCCCCGAGGGGCAGAGACUGGCUACCUGGUCACCAAGGUGGUGGCUGUGGACAGGGAUUCUGGCCAGAACUCUUGGCUUUCCUACCAACUGCUGAAGGCCACAGAGCCGGGUCUGUUCACGGUGGGGGCCCAGAAUGGAGAAGUGACCACCCUGAGGCCGGUCAGCAACCGAGACAGCUUCAAGCAGAAUCUGAUUGUGGUGGUCCGAGACAACGGCCAUCCUCCCCAGUCCACCUCUGCCACACUCAGAAUCCUUCUAGUGGACGGCUUCUCUGACCCUUAUCUGAAAAGUGUGGCUCUCCCAAAGGAGGAAACAGUAGAGGAGGAAGACCCCAGCCUGACGAUGUAUUUGAUCAUCUGCUUGGCUGCCAUCUCAAGCAUCUUUCUCAUUUCUGUAGUGGCGUUUGUUGUAAUCAAGUUGCAGAAACGUGAAAAGUUCAUAGGAACCUACAACUCUGGAGCCAAUUUCCCGGUGGGACCUGAUUCCCAGGAGAUCUCUGCGGAUUCUGGUGCUGGAUCUCUAUCCCAGGCUUACAACUAUGAGGUGUGCUUAGCUGGUGGGUCUCUGAACAGCGAGUUCAGGUUUCUCAGGCCCCUAUUCCCUGUUUUCUCUGUUGAGCCUCCUAACACUCAGGUGAAUCCAAGGAGUUCCAAUGAUUCUCAAGAGCUCCCCAGUCAAGUAGAGGAAUGUAAAGAUAAUAUCCAGGUAAGAAAAGUAUUUUAAUACUUUUCAUAUAGUUAUGUUCAGUUUAUCUAUUAUUUGCUCUCAACAAGGCUCUGAUUUCUAAGCCUGAAUGCAAUGAAUUCUGAGAAGUCUGGAAAUGAUCAGUGGCUUGUCCAUUGCAUACAGUCAUUCUCCUUUAAAGUAUAAUAGAAAAGGACACCAGAGUGAACAACAGAAACUUCUACUCUGAGGAGAUACAGCUUCCUUUUUAUUAAAAGUCACUAGGGAUGGACGAAUAAUUCAAUUUUAGUUGCUCUCAGUUUCUCAUUUUUCCAAUUUUACAUUCAGGUCACCAUAUUUCCACACAAAAAAAUUGGAGUUAAGACCUUACAAAAAUUCAGCAGCAUUUUAGUGACAUUUCACCCAAUAUACACACAUACAGGUUUUUUGCAAGCAAUUUCCCUAAUAUAGUGUCUUUUUAUAUGUUAUUUUCACAUUAUGCAUGCUUUCCUCUAAUAUGCCCAUUUCUGUACAAAAUGGUUGGAUAAUUGCAUUAGAGAAUUCAGAGAAAUAAGACUUUUGAAGGGCAGCUCUGUUUUGCUUCAUAAUUUUUUUUGGCAACUGUGAUUUAGGUUGGUUCAUAUUAGAAUAUGAAAGAAAAUAAAUUUCUCCCACUUCCCUAAUAGUCACUGUCAAUAACUAUUAUGAACUUGUGAACCACAUUCCUUUGGACAGAACAAUACUCACUGAAGGCAUGACCGCUGAUGAUGUUCUGUGGUUCAGUUCAAUAAUAAUGACUUAUGCUCAAGUCUUAAGAGAACAAGACAAUUCUCCAGUGUUUGAGAGAUCAUUGUAAAAGUGUGGGGAAAUUAAUACCCUAGGCAUGAUGAUCAAGGGAUUUGAUAUUUAUUUUCAAUUCUGUCUUCUAUAGUUUUUAAAGUUACUGUACAAGUGGCUCAAAUUAUUUUUCUGGAUCUUUCAGAAUUAGCACAGUGUCAUCUGCAUACAAACUUCUUUUUAAGUGGUUUGUUAAUAUUGUCAAUCCUUUAUUUAUGUGAUCCAGUCUAACAGCUUUGGCCAUAAGUUCCACAGAUAAUUAAAUAGUAACCUUGAUAAUUGGCAUUCCUAUCUAGUGCAUCUAUUUAAUUUACAUGUUUCUGAUUGUACUUUGUCUGUUUUGAAGCAGUAGGGUUUGAAAACAUCAUAAUCCAGGAGAUUAAAGGAGUGUCCAUUUACAUUUUGUGCAGCUCCCAGAAUAGAUCACUCCAUUUUAUCAAAUGCUUUAUCUGUAUGGAUUGUUUCCUUAUUCUGGAAAUAAUGUUAAGUAGUUACUUGACCCAAGUUGAUACCUUACAAACCGAUGAACACUAUACUAAAUUAAGUGGGGGUUUUUAGUAGCAUCAAGUCUUUGUAAUAUUGUUUGUCCUUUUAUGUUGUUGCACCACAUCUCUAAUCUGUGUUAUUAACUCAUUAAUGGUCUUUUUUCUUUUUUGAAAUAUGCAGCUUUUUGUUUGAUUUCUCUUGUAGUGACUGCUUUGAAGACUUCCCAAUUUGUUACAGGACAGUCUUCUGGGGAAUUAUUAAAAUAUGCUUCAAUUAUCAGUUUUAUUGUCAGAACAAACUCUGAAUUAAACAUUAACAUAUUGUCUAGGUGCCCUUCAGUGGUAUAUUUUCCAAACUUUCAAAUUCUUGUAACAACAACAACAAAAUAAAUGUUUCAUCCUGUAUUUGCUUACUUCACUUUCUGAGUUAACCACGGGGAUGUAAAAAAUAAAUAAAUUAUUGAGUGAUUUCAUAAAUUGUGAAAUUUUUCUCCUUUGGUUGAAACUGCCACAAGGUUUGUACUAGAAAAACUUGUGUAAUUUUUUUUUAAAGAGUUGGAAUUACUCCUGAUAUUUUAUAUUUUGUCCUGUCCAAUUUUAAAAAUUUGAUUCAAAUAAAGCCUCCACCAAGUAUAAUUUCUUUGUCUAGGCUGGAAACAAUUAUGGCAUUAAUUUUGUUAAUGCUUUUUGAUUUUCAUUUGACGCAUAGAUACGCCCAAUCAUUAUUGGCUUUCCCCCCACUAAACCAGUGCCAAAUAUUUGUGCUGGAUCGUUCAUUGAUUUUACAUUUAAAAAAUAAAAUAAUGGAUGGUUUUAAUUCAAGAUUGCAACCCACUUUUCAUCAUAACAGGAUGAAAAAAUAUUAUCCAGAUUUUGAAGCAUUGAAGUGUAUUUCUUCAUCUUUUAAUAUAAUUUACAGCAAAGGGGUUAUCAUAGUUUUUUCUUUAUUUAGUGGUUUAGCAAAUUUCAGAUGCCUUCUGAAUGAGUUCAACUCUAAUGUUCAAUGAAAUAAUCUUUACUUUAGUCAUCUUUAAAGUUAAAGUAAAAAGGGUGAAAUAAGGUUUGGGGGGAGAGGAAAAAGGAAAGAUAAAGGCAAUGCAUGUUAAAAUGUUGAUAGAAGGGAUUUUUAUGUGGAAAUUUUGGGUUUAUUCCAAAGGUGUCUUCAAUGCUGACAGCACAUCAAGCUGUAGAAAAUCUUUUGAGGUUUCUUCCUUACACACCUGAUUUUUCCUUCUAAUUAUUAUAUUCUACCCAUUAUAUUACUUAUAUCCUCUUUAUGUUCAUGAUAUUCAGUUUAAUUUCCAGGAAAUGUGUUUUAUGUUGAUUCCCUUCCCCUGUUUUUAAGAUUGCAAGUUUGUAAUUGUAAACUGCAGUUUUCAAAGUUGCAAUUUGUUCACUUUAAAUUUAGCCUGAACAGUUUAUCUUGGUUAAUAAAUAAUUGACAGUUUUGGUUACAGAAGGGGAAAGACAGUUCAUUCAAAUGUUAGUCUUCUGGGUGUGCAGUUGUCUAAUUGGUUAAUUGAUUAGUUGUAUAGACAGAAAAUAGUGACAAAUUUGGGGAUAGGUCUUUAGCAAGUUCUUCACAAUAGGUUAAGUACUUAAGAAUUCAUGCAUUGACUUGUGUAGGCAAAAAGAGUAUCCAAACAUUGAUAUUGCAACAAAUGAAUUUGGAAAGUAGUCAAAAUAAAUGUUAGUCAAUAGAAUAGGCCAGAUCCCUAUCGCCCCAUCCUUGAAGGGCCAAAUUUGACAGGUGGGUGGGGCCACCCAUCUGUCAAUCACCUGCCAGGAUGUGUCAUCAGGGGGCUGUUGGGACCCCAACUGUGGGGCUGUUUGAAAGUCCUUACACAAACUGCCCUUCUGUUUCCAUAGGUUUGAAGGGCUGUUUGCAAAAGUGCUUUCAAAUAGCCCAUGUUUUGCACCUCAAGUGUAGAGUUCUUUCCUCUGACUCUCCCACACUCUACGAGUAUGACUACAAGUGUGGACUUGGCAGUCACACUUAACACACUGCGAAAAUAUGUGCAAUGAUGCUAGGCUUAGUGACUUUGCUGGUUUUUAUAUCAAGGAGCUGGAUGUUUAUCGUUAGGAGAGUUUGUUUUCUGCCCAAUUCUAUUCCUCUGUUGUUGCAGGCACCAUCUAUGCAGGCACAAACAAACAAACAAACAAGCAAGACAGAAAAGGAGGCAUGCGAUAGAGGGAGUGAGUAAAGUAUUUCCAUUGCUCUCUGAGUCUGAUCAAGGCUGUCAAUAUAUUGUUUUCUUUUACAAACACUUUAAUGACAUUGCUUCCAGUCAGGCAAGGGGGAAGAAGGACAUGCCACCUUCCAGAUUGAACUCUGACCAUUAUUUCUUAAGGCAACAAAUCACUUGUACUCGGCCAUCUCUUUAGUUAUUGAAAGGCCCAACCUCCCAGGGAAUCUGCAAGCUUAAAAUUGUCCAACCAGGUCAUCAUCUUCUGCAGAAUCCUCUUACAGCUAUAAAAUAAUGGGGAUGGAGGAAAUCACAAAAACCAAUUUAGUUCAACUCCAAUUCUGUAACACUAUUAAACAUACAUACAUACAUACAUAUGCAAGAGACAUUUCUGACCUUCAAGGGGCUAUUUAUUGCUGUAACAUCUUUCUGUGAAUGUGAUUCUAGCUUUCUGGAACCAUUAAUUAUAUAUAUUUUACCAGCCAUUUGAAUAACACUGUAAAAGGAAAUCUGGUUUUGAGACCUGAGGAGGACUAGUGAUGACUACAUCUAGAUUUCUUUGGUGGAAAAACACCCCCCCCAUCUUUUUGUUAUCAAUAUUUAUUGUAUUAAUAUUGCUACCUCUACUAUGGAUAUUAUGCAAGAAUGCUGUGGUCCAAUUUGGAUUUCAUAUAUUUCAGCUGUGGUUUAUAUUUGUUUUUUUGUUUUUUUGUUUUAAACAUAUAUUCUAUUUAUAUAAGUUGAGCAGAUUUUUUUUUUAAACCCACAGAAUUAGAUCUAUGAGGCUGGCAGUGUCUUUGAUUCCACCUCCCAUCCUUUAAUAAGAUGACUGAAUCACUUGAGAAGCUGAUUUUGAUAUUAAGGACAGUUUCAAAACAUAUUUGUAAACUGGCAUAUAAGACAAAUUUUCAGAUGGAAGGGGAGCAAAAAAUUCCACUAGCUUAGCAUAAUUCUAUCUCUUCUCCCCACCCACCACGAACCUUAUGUUAGUUCAGAAUUUAUAAAAUAUUAUUUUGGAAAAUAUUAUGAUGUUUAAUCCACAUAGCUAACAGAAAAACACCUUAAUCAUUUUAGGUUAUAAGUUGUCUGCCAGUAUAAGAGAGAUAAGUCUAAAUUUACCACUUUUGUAGUAAUCAGAGUGUAUUUGAAUACUUUAUUCUUUGUAUCCAGAUUGUGGGGCAUUUUGAAAAUUGAAUGCAAGGCACUCUGUCAGUCGGUCCCAGCAGUCUUCAUGUGGGUGAUAUAUAUAUAUAUAUGUAAUGAUAUAUAUAAUUAUAUAAGUUAAUAGACUACACUUUAGAAAACCUAAGGAUUUCUAUAUCUCCUAAAAGAUCUGGGUAGGUUGGCAAGUGGUAACAUUAAUGGAGUUGUAACACAAUUCCAACACAAGGUGGUGCUGUUACACAACCCAGACCAUAUUAUCAGAGAGCAAAUGCUCUCCCAAAGAGCUGCAGCCAUUAGACAAAGCAAUCUUUAAAAGAAAGGACAUAUGCUCAUUACAAUCCAAAGGAACAGACCUCUGCAUCUUGGAUGGUUUGGCCUUGAAGGUGUGUAACACAUGAAAGGAAAUUCUGGACAGAUACUUCUUCUAAUUUGAACCGACUGGAAGUGAAGCUGGAACAAUGGAAAGGCACAAAAGGCAAGUUUUGAGUUUGGUUCUUUAUUUCUGCAUGCAUAUUGCAAUGUGUGAACCCAUCCUCUAUUCAGUGCCGGAGGAAAAGAAAAGUGGGUCUCUAGUAGCGAAUGUGCUAAAAGAUUUGAGAGUGGAUGCAAAGGAACUUUUUGCUCGGAAAGCCCGGCUGGUUUCUAAGAGCUCAAAGCAGUAUUUCCAGCUGGAUCCACAUUCUGGGGAUUUGAUAUUAAAGGACAAAAUAGACCGAGAGUCUCUGUGUGGUCAGAAUGAUCCUUGUCUUCUAUUCUCUGAAAUUGUGCUUGAAAACCCAUUGCAGCUGCAGAGAAUCAAAGUUCAAAUACAAGAUGUCAAUGAUAAUGCCCCUAAAUUCUCAAAAAUGAAAUUCAUUUUUGAAAUACCAGAGCAGGUACCAGUGAACACUCGAUUCCCUUUGGAGAGAGCACAGGAUUCAGAUAUAGGAGAAAAUGCUGUACAAAAUUAUACACUUAGUCCUAAUGAACAUUUUAAACUGGAUGUCCAAAGGCACAGUGAUGGAAGCAAAUAUAUAGAACUGGUAUUGGAGAAGCAGUUAGAUCGUGAGGUAAACCCACAGAUUACCAUAAUUCUGUCAGCUGCUGAUGGAGGAAUCCCGAAAAGAACUGGCACAGCACAAAUAAUCAUUGAUGUUCUGGAUAACAAUGAUAAUUUCCCUCAGUUUGAACAAUCUGUGUACAAAGUAAAACUAAUGGAAAACAGCCCAGUGAAUACGCUGGUUGCAAAAGUUGAAGCAAGCGACAAAGAUUAUGGCUCCUAUGCAACUAUAACUUAUUCCUUCAGUGAAGUACCAGAAAAUAUGCUAAGAUCAUUCAACUUAAACAAAAACACUGGUGAAAUUACUGUUUCAGGGACAAUUGAUUAUGAAGAAAACACAAAUUAUGAGCUGCACGUCAGAGCUACGGAUGGAGGAGGUCUUUCUGCUUACUGCAAAGUCAUUGUGGACAUUGAGGAUGAGAAUGACAAUGCCCCAGAGAUUACCAUAACAUCCGUCAAAAGUAUCUUACCUGAAGACUCUCCCCCAGACACAGUGGUGGCCCUUUUCAGUGUCACCGACGUGGACUCUGGGGACAGUGGCAGAACUGCCUGCACCACUGAAGUCAACCUGCCAUUUGUGCUCAAACCCACGGAGAACAACUAUUACCAGCUGGUGACCCAACAAUCACUGGACAGAGAAAAAGUCAGUGAAUAUAACAUCACCAUCACAGCCACUGACAAGGGCUCUCCCAGACUCACUUCCACAAGAAUACUUCAUGUUGAAGUGUCAGAUGUAAAUGACAACCCUCCAGUGUUUGAAAAGCCAUUCUAUCAAAUGCAGUUAAGAGAAAACAAUAUUCCAGGUCUUCUGAUCAAUUUGGUCCAUGCUGUUGAUCUGGACACAGCGCAGAAUGCCAAAGUGACCUACUCGCUUUUGCCUGGGAAGGUCAAUGAUGGCCCCACAUCCUCUUACAUCUCCAUCAACUCUGAAACGGGGAACCUGUAUGCCAUCCGGUCUCUGGAUUAUGAGGAAGUACAAGAUUUCCAGGUGACGGUGAGGGCUGUGGAUUCAGGUUCCCCUCCACUGAGCUCAGAAGUUCCCAUCCACGUUCAGGUCGUGGAUGAAAAUGACAAUGCCCCCUUCAUCCUCUACCCUCUCCAGAAUGGCACUUCCCCCUCAAAUGACCUGGUUCCCCGAGGGGCAGAGACUGGCUACCUGGUCACCAAGGUGGUGGCUGUGGACAGGGAUUCUGCGCAGAACUCUUGGCUUUCCUACCAACUGCUGAAGGCCACAGAGCCAGGUCUGUUCACGGUGGGGGCCCAGAAUGGAGAAGUGACCACCCUGAGGCUGGUCAGCAACCGAGACAGCUUCAAGCAGAAUCUGAUUGUGGUGGUCCGAGACAACGGCCAUCCUCCCCAGUCCACCUCUGCCACGCUCAGAAUCCUUCUAGUGGACGGCUUCUCUGACCCUUAUCUGAAAAGUGUGGCUCUCCCAAAGGAGGAAACAGUGGAGGAGGAAGACCCCAGCCUGACGAUGUAUUUGAUCAUCUGCUUGGCUGCCAUCUCAAGCAUCUUUCUCAUUUCUGUGGUGGCGUUUGUUGUAAUCAAGUUGCAGAAACGUGAAAAGUUCACAGCAACCUACAACUCUGCAGCCAAUUUCCCGGUGGGACCUGAUUCCCAGGAGAACUCUGCGGAUUCUGGUGCUGGAUCUCUAUCCCAGGCUUACAACUAUGAGGUGUGCUUAGCUGGUGGGUCUCUGAACAGCGAGUUCAGGUUUCUCAGGCCCCUGUUUCCUGUUUUCUCUGUGGAGCCUCCUAACACUCAGGUGAAUCCAAGGAGCUCCAAUGAUUCUGAAGGCGUCCAGAGUUAUGCAGGUGAAAGUCAACAUAUGGUUCAGGUGAGAAUAUUGCUUUAUAUAGCUUUCAUAUAUUCAAUUUUUAGAUGUGUAAUAUUGGAAAAAAUUACAAAGCUCUAUUGGGAGUUACUUAUGACAUGGUCAUAUCUUGCUUAAAUAUUAUUCUCAUAAUACAUUAUCUCUUUGGGAGGCAGAGGUCAUUCACCAUAAUAUGGAGGCAUAAUAACUGUUUGUUGCAUCUACAGUAUUUCAAGUAGGAGAGAGGAGCUUCAGAAAAGUGGAUUUUGUUUUAGGUAAUUGUAAUUGCAGCUUUAUGACAGUUAAACUACACUUCCUAGGAUUAUUUGUGGAAAAGCAAUAUGGUGUGUAUGUGAGACUUUCGAGUUUUAGCAAACAUUGAAUCAAAAGCAUACUCCUAGUUAUUAUUUCUUUACACAUCCACAUGGUGGCAGUAUGCACAAACACAUCAUUUGGAACUCAGAAUUUUAUUUUCGAAAGAAACCUCUGCCACAAAAAGAUAGCCAGUUUUUGUCUGUGAUGAAGAUAUAAAAGCCUCCAGCACCAAAUUCAUUUCUACAGCAGCAGAGAUUAUCAUUGGAUGUCUGUCAGAAAGAUAAUUUUUUGGCCAGAUAUUGAAGAGGCAGAUUCUUGAGCCAUGGGAGACGGCUACAGAAAGGAACAAGGUCUGUAUUUUUUGCUUUUCCUUUGUCUUCCUGGAGCACUGAGUAUUUCACUUCACUAUUCUGUGCCUGAAGAAAAGAAAAGGGGGUCUUUGGUGGCUAAUGUGCUGGAGGAUUUGAAACUGGGGAAAGGGGAGCUCUCUGCUCGCAGAGCCCAGCUGGUUUCUAAGAACACUAAGCAAUAUUUUCGUCUUGAUACUCGCUCUGGGGAUCUUUUGAUAAAUGAUAAAAUAGAUAGAGAAGCUUUGUGUGACCAGAUUAAUCCUUGCUUACUUCUGUCACAAAUUGUACUGGAAAACCCAUUAGAUCUCUACAGCAUUGUAGUCGAGGUAGAAGAUGUGAAUGAUAAUGUUCCAAAAUUCUCGAAAAAUGAAUUUGAUCUGAAAAUUCCUGAGAAUGUUCCUACAAAUACACAAUUCCCCUUGGAAUCUGCCAAAGAUGAGGACCUGGGGGAAAAUAACAUCCAAAACUACACACUCAGUCCCAAUGAACAUUUCCGGCUCAGAGUAGAAAGCAACAAGGAUGGAAGGAUAUAUGUGGAUCUUGUCCUGGAGAAGCCACUGGACAGGGAGAAGGAGCCACACUUUGGAUUGACUCUCACGGCUGUGGAUGGCGGGGAGCCACAAAAAACAGGCACAGUUCGAAUAAAUAUUGAUGUUCUUGACAUCAAUGACAAUUCCCCAGAGUUUACUCAUUCAGAAUAUAAAGUAAGGUUAAAGGAAAACAGCCCACAGGGUGCUCUGGUCUUCAAAGUGGAAGCUACAGAUUUGGAUUUUGGUUCAAAUGCACAGAUCACCUACUCAUUCCACCGGGUGUCUGAAAAAAUAUACAAUUUAUUUCAUUUAAAUGAAAUGACUGGGGAAAUCACUAUUUUAGGUCAAGUUGAUUAUGAAAAAGAAACCAGCUAUGACAUGAACAUCAGGGCAACAGAUGGAGGGGGUCUUUCAGGGCACUGCAAGGUCCUGGUAGAGAUUGAGGAUGUGAAUGACAAUGUCCCUGAAGUGUCGGUCAUAUCCAUCACUGGCAGCAUACAAGAAGAUUCUCCCCAGGACACAGUAGUGGCCCUCUUCAGUGUCACAGAUCAAGACUCUGGUGAUAAUGGCAGAACUGUGUGCUCUGUGGAGACAAACCUUCCCUUUGCCUUAAAACGCACAAUGGAUAACUAUUACCAGCUGGUGGUCCAAAGUCCCUUGGACAGAGAGAAGGUCUCAGAGUAUAAUGUCACCAUCAUAGCCGUUGACCAGGGCUCUCCCAGGCUCACUUCAACAAGAGUGAUUAACAUUCAGAUCUCAGAUAUCAAUGACAACCCUCCAGUAUUUGAAACGUCUUCAUGUGAAAUGCAGAUACGGGAAAACAAUAUUCCAGGGCUGCUCAUUGGCUCAGUCCAUGCUGCUGAUCUGGACACUGAGAAGAAUGCCAAGGUCACCUACUCCCUUUUGCCUGGGAAGGUCACUGAUGGCCUUGUGGCCUCUUACAUCUCAGUCAACUCUGAAAGCGGAAAUCUGUAUGCCCUCCGAUCUCUGGAUUAUGAGCAGAUCAAAGAUUUCAAAGUGACAGUGAGGGCUACAGAUGGAGGGUCUCCUCCCCUCAGCUCAGAAGUUACUGUCCGAGUCGUAAUCCUAGACGAAUACGACAACGCGCCCUUCUUCCUCUCCCCUCUUCAGAACAGCACAUCCCCUGCAAUGAGCUGGUUCCCAAGUCGGUGGAGGCCGGCUACCUGGUCACCAAGGUGGUGGCUGUGGAUGGAGAUUCUGGCCAGAACUCGUGGCUUUCCUAUGAGCUGCUGA